AUGAGCGUAAUCGAUUUUCUCCUAAGCUGGCAGAUCGUUCUCCAACCGUUGUUCAAAAUGAUACGCCGAUUAUUUAGCACGCUGAUAACGGACUACCCUCCGGCGGGAGAGUUUCUACCAUCGUCGCCGCACUCCAACAAUCGACAACCGUCCACCGGUGGCGGAGUGGACGUACUCCCACCCGCCUUUCGUGCGACCUCACUGCAAUCCUUAGGCUGGCUGCACGCGAUCUCUCCCUGCUUUCCGGUGUCGGGCGACUGCAUAGAGGUCAUUCGCGAGCCCAGCACCUUCUACAAUACGCUGGUACAGAAAUGUUCCGUCGCACGGCGGAGAAUCAUGCUCGCCAGCCUGUAUCUGGGCACGGGCCACCUCGAAACGCAACUCGUGGCCGCGAUCCACGAAAACCUGCGCAAGAAUGUGCAAUUGAAGGUGGACGUGUUGCUCGAUUUCACCCGCGGGACACGUGGCGAGCGGAACAGCAAAACCACGCUAAUGCCGCUCGUGGAAGAAACGGACAACUUUCGCCUCUCGCUGUACCACACGCCGGUGUUGCGGGGCCUCACCAAGCGGCUUGCGCCACCCCGGUGGAAUGAGCUGCUCGGCAUACAGCACAUGAAACUGUACCUAGUCGACGAUACGGUGAUCAUUUCCGGUGCGAAUCUAUCCAACGAUUACUUCACCAACCGGCAGGAUCGGUACGUGAUGAUCGAGGAUCGUCGUUUGGCGGAUUUUUACGCCAACUUCCUGGGCAAAGUGCAAGAGUUCAGCCUUACGGUGGGGCGCGAUGGUGCCACACGGCUACACGACACUUGGACCAUGCUGCCGUAUAAGUGCGCCCAGCUUGAAUUUGCCACCGAGGCACGGGAUCGCAUUCGGCGGUAUUUCCGCGGUGUGAUGGAACAACAGCGAGACGUCUGCGAACGCGAUGAGUCACAGCAAGCGGACACGUGGAUAUUCCCGCUGAUCGAAAUGGGACAGCUCGGUAUUCAUCACGAUAGCCUUGCGACGAAGCAGCUGCUGUCGGGGUGUCUACCCAACUCACGGUUACGUUUGGCCACAGGAUACUUUAAUCUAACGGAAACGUACAUGAACACGCUGACGAACGAUUGCCAAGCAAUGUGCAACAUAUUGAUGGCGCACCCGAACGCGAAUGGUUUCCUCGGAGCAAAGGGACCGGCCGGCGGUAUCCCGGCAGCUUACUCGUUGCUGGCACGCAAAUUCCUCGAAAUGCUGAGAUCGUCCGGCCAAAGUCACCGUGUGGAGCUGCUGGAAUACGAACGGGCCGGUUGGACGUACCACGCGAAAGGUUUGUGGUACUAUCUACCCGACUCGUCGCUCCCGAACGUAACGUUGAUCGGCUCGUCUAACUUUGGCGAACGAUCCGUGAACCGGGACCUAGAGGCACAGAUCUGCCUCGUCACGAACAACGCCAAUCUGCAGCGCAAGCUCGAGUCCGAGUAUCAGAAUCUGCUCCAGCAUGCCGCCACCGCCGAAACGGAGCUCAUCAACCGUCCCGUGCCGCGGUGGGUUCGAGCAGUUGUGGGGUUAUUUCGAAAUUUCUUCUAAUUUCGCAAUAGCGCCGGGAAGGUGUUCGCCUCUUCCACCGAAGAUGCCAAUUUAACUACACCCGGUACAGAAACGAACCAUGUGUGAGUCACGUGAUAGUCACGAGUUGUGAUCAUGCUAAUCCAGUCCACUGAACUGUCUGUCGGCUUCGGCGUGGUUUUUAUUCAACUCCGCUUCGCAUCGUGUUAGUGCUGCUUAAACUAUCCUGUUACGUUGUGUUACGUUUGAUGCGCGUUCCAGUUAAGAUUCUAUCGUAUGACGAACUACCAAA